GGGAAUUGAGUGAGCCGUGCGGUGAUGAGAAGAGAGCGGUGUGGUUCUACUCUGUUAUCAAUCGCUCUUCGGUCCUCCCAUCCCAUUUGGUAGCUGAAGAACUGUGCAUGCGUGAUCACUUUUGUCUAUGUGGACCGUCACGGAAAACUCACGCCGGUGAACAAUUGGGCAGACAGGCAGAUAUGGAAACAUCAGCAGGCAAGGAUAAACGGACUUUGAAGAUGAUAUUAGAGCGGAAUUCGGCGAGCCGCGGAAACAGGUGGAUGUAUCGCAUCGUUGUGGCCGUCGCGGUUGUGCUGUUGGUGCUGCUGUCCGCCAGGCCUUGUGACGGGCACGACCACCUGGAGCCGCCGUCCUUUCGCUAUUCGAAGGAGGCCAACAUCAAACAAGAGCACCAUGGCCAUUCGCACGGCGCCGGUGGCCACCACGGCCAUUCGCACGGCGCUGGAGGCCACCACGGCCAUUCACACGGAGACGCUGGACACCACGAACACGAGCAAGAACAUGAACAUGCUCACGGUGACCACGGACAAUCGCACGGCCACCACGCACAAGAGAAGGAGCAGGGUACUAGGCCGCCCAGGGACGCACAGGUGUGGCUUGAGGCGAUCGGUGCCACCGUGCUAAUCAGCGCGGCGCCCUUCUUCAUCCUCUUCCUGGUGCCGCUGGACAAUAGCAAGGAGCGAGAGCCGCUGCUAAAAGUUUUGCUGGCGUUUGCAUCCGGCGGCCUGCUGGGUGACGCUUUCCUCCACCUGAUCCCGCACGCCCUUAUGGCGCAGAGCGAGAUUGAAGGUACCGCCAGUCACUCACAUUCGCACAGCCACGGCGGCGAAGGUGAGAGCGACAUUCAUGGUCAUGACAUGAGCGUCGGCCUAUGGGUGCUCUUUGGCAUCAUCACCUUUUUGAUGGUUGAGAAGCUGGUCCGCCUUCUAAAGGACGGCGACGACCACGGCCACUCGCAUGGGCCGAAACAGCCUGAAAAGAAGGAGAAGGAGUCUGACGACGAGUCUGAGAAGAAGGAUAGCGCUGACAAAAAGAAGAAAAAGGCUGGCAAAAAGGAGAAGAAAGAAGAUAAACCUGCUGAUGAUAUCAAAGUAGCUGGAUAUUUGAACCUUGCCGCUGAUUUCACGCACAACUUCACGGAUGGACUAGCUAUCGGUGCCUCUUUUCUGGCUGGCCGGAGCAUCGGAGCUGUCACCACAGCAACCAUUCUGUUACACGAAGUGCCACAUGAAAUUGGAGACUUUGCCAUCCUCAUCCAAUCAGGGUGCAGCCGGAAGAAGGCAAUCUUUCUGCAACUGUCCACCGCUGUUGGAGCUCUGACUGGCACAUUGGUCUCCCUGCUUGCCGACGGAAUAGGUGGAGCGGCCACCAACUGGAUUCUGCCCUUUACCGCCGGCGGCUUUAUCUACAUCGCCACCGUGUCUGUGAUCCCGGAGCUGCUGGUGAACACACGCUUCGGACAAUCGGUGAAGGAGAUCAUUGCCCUCCUGGUGGGAGUCUACAUGAUGGUUCUCAUUGCGGAUUAUGAGUGAUAGAAACGCUCGCGUUUGGCGGUUGUGACGUUUCACCGCACCAGCGAACAAGUCUCAGCCAUUUAUUUAUGUGACUGCAGUUCAAAACUAAUAUUUAAUUAGUUGCUUUCUAACUACAAGUCCAGAGUAUAGCAGAUUUCCAUAUAUUUUACUGAAAGAUAUAUUUAAAAAUAAAUCGUGUAAGGUUAAAUUUUCGAUGAGGCUUUGUUACGUUGUGAUUAAAAUUGCUGCAUUUUCCCAUG